AUGAUGGGGACGUGCCAGGUGUGCCAGCCAUCGACAAGGACCAGCGCCAUUGGCUACUUGCACGUAAACCGCGAGUCUCUUUGCCACGUUUUUCUUCUUUCCCCAAUCGACGAGCAAGAUUCUAUUUUGAUUUCCGCCUUUCAGCUAGUCCCACACCUUAAGACGCCGAGAAAGACACGACUGCCGCAACCCUAUAACUCCCGCCGGCAGCUGUUGGUGUAUGCUGCUUAUCCCGCUAGCAACCCUCCUGCCGAAGCCCUGUUGGCUCAAGCGACAUCACGAAUCAUGGGGCGGCACUUGGACGACGUCGCAAACCAGUCAUGCGAGAAGCGAAGAGUGAGAUCAUGGAUCUAG